AUGGCAGGAAGAUGUGUUAGAUAUUGAAUUUUUCCUCGAAUCAAUAAAAUCUAGGUUCGCGAAUUACAUGAUUCUUAAUUAUUCGAACAUUUCGAAUUAUGGUUUUUGUUUUUAAUUGUUGCAGUUUACAGUAAGGCAUAAUUCAAAGAGGGUGUAAAAAUACCAUGAUGUCAAAGGAUGACGAUAAAUGUUCUGAGCUCAAUCCAAUAGCACAAGUCAUUCUUCAAGGUCUUUAUGACAAGAAUAGUCCCUUGCAUCUUUUGGUUGGUCAUCACUUCAUUCUCAAAGCAAUAUGGCAAGAUAUUAUAACUUACUACAAAUCAAGGAUCAAGUUUGGGAAUGACUAUGAUAUUUAUUGUGUGAAAGUCAAAUGGGGCCAUAGUUACACAGCCUUAGAUUCUCGUUCCGAUUGGUUUGUCCAUUUUCCACAACCAAGUGAUAUCAAUAUCAACAUGAUGCCAUUUGUUAUGGCAAGGUCAUUCAAGGAAUCUCAAUUGGAGAGACAUCUUCAAGAGUAUUGGGAUGAAAUAAUAUCUCAAUGUAUUACGCAUAAAGAAUUGGGGAAAAUUGGAUAUCUUACAAUCCAUGAAAGUUAUGUGGAGAAAGGCAAUUCUCAACGCAGGCCUGGUAUUCACACUGAAUCUCCUGGACUGUUGCUACUUCAGGGAGGCAAAGGAAGAUUGCAUACUACAUCAAAGUUUUUUGGAUGGGGACACGGUUUGGUGACCACCAGACAAGAGUUACAAGGAGGGAUAUACAUGGUCUCGAAUGUUCCCAACUCUUGUAAAGUAUGGAACUGUAAGAUUCUGCCACCAGAAGACAACUGCUCUCCAGAUGCUGUUGGUGAACAUGGUAACAUUGAGCAUCUUCGAUCAUUUAUAAAUGCUAAAAGUGAAAUGAUGCAGGCAAACACAAUGUAUUGGAUAACAGAUCGCACACCACAUGAAGCUUUGCCUCUUGUUAAACAAACAUAUAGACAGUAUGUGAGAGUUGUUACCAGUCAAGUGUCCUAUUGGUAUGAGGAUCAUAGCACAAAAAAUCCUCUUGGUGUCCUUCCAGAUCCCAAAAUCACAACAAUUGUUAAAGGAUCGAAGUUUGAUGGCACUUGUUAUAUUGCUGAUUAAUAAUUUUGAAAUGGUGCCUAAUACUGAGAUGGUCAAUAACAACUGAGCCAAAAACACCCAAAUAAAAACAAAAGUAUUGACGAAUAUUGAUAAUUUGUUGUGUAUCUACGCAUUAAGUUUGUGUAUGUAGUUAAUGCAUGAUACUUCAAGGGAAAUCAUAUGAGACCAGUUGCAUAACACAACCACUUUGAUCCUUCGUUAGUUAGCCAUCGGUGGCCCCCCAGUGUUCCACUAUAAAAUAGGUUGAAUGAUUGUACUAAUUAUUUUACAUUUCCUCUUUGUACAACUUGUGGUUACAUAAUGCAAUUUUACGUAUAUUUUUAAUUAGAGACAAAUUGGCAAAAAAAGUAGACAAUUCUAAAUCUUUUGUAGACUAUAAAAAGUCUCGUAUACUUAUGAUAGAAUGGGUACUUUAACAUCCACAGCACAAUUGUAACUAAAAACAAACAGUAACUAAACAAAAAACUGAAGAGCAGCAAAAA